AUGUCAGCCAAAGGGGAAGUACUGAAUGCCUGGUCGACACCAGGCCCAUCUGCUUUCGAUUUCCGCAGUGACACAAUCACAACCCCAAAUGCCUCCAUGCUUCAAGCCAUCCAGAACACCACUCUCUUCGACGAUGCCUACGGAGAAGAUCCCACAACCACGGCGCUCGAAGCCAAUAUGGCCGAACUUCUCGGCCACCAAGCAGGACUUUUCCUCCUCUCAGGAACCAUGGGCAACCAAGUCGCGAUGCGCUCUCUACUCACACAGCCCCCUCACGCCGUGCUCUGUGAUCAUCGAGCACACAUCAGCUACCUCGAAGCUGGCGGCAUCGCAAUGCUUUGCGGAGCAAUGGUGAACGGAGUGGUACCCAGCAAUGGGAAAUAUCUUAGAGUUCAAGACAUCGAAGAGAAUAUCAUCCUCGGCAACGCAGUGUACUCUUGCCCUACCAAAGUCAUCAGUCUCGAGAACACCCUCAGAGGAAUAAUUAACCCUCUUGAGGAAGUAAAGAAGAUCUCCGAGUUCGCGAAGAAGAAUGGAAUUAAAAUGCAUCUCGACGGUGCGAGAUUGUGGGAAGUGGCUGCAGCUAGCGCAGGCUCUUUAGCUGAUUACGGGAAGUGCUUUGAUAGCGUGACGCUUUGUUUUUCGAAAGGUCUUGGUGCGCCUAUGGGAAGUAUUUUGGUUGGGAGUAAGGGGUUUAUUGAGAGGGCGAAGUGGAUCAGACAAGCGAUUGGAGGAGCGCUUAGACAGGCGGGUGUGAUUACGGCGGCGGCACAGAAUGCUGUUGAUGUCAAUUUCGCUGGUCAGGGUGAGAAGCUUAAGAGAACGCAUGUGAUUGCGAAGAGGAUUGCGAAGCAUUGGGAAAGUCUUGGAGGAGUGUUUGAAAAUCCUGUGGAUACGAAUAUGGUUUGUCUAGAUUUGGUGCAAGCUGGAGUUGAUGUUGCGACGCUGAAAGAAAUGGCAAAGGAAAAAGGGGUGAAGCUGACGAGAGGGAGAAUUGUGGUUCAUUAUCAGAUUGUUGAUGAAGCAGUUGAAAGACUUGAAGCAGUGCUUACUAGUCUUAUGAAGCGUUGA